CACACACUACUGCGUGGUCUUCACUCGUCAACCCACACUCACACUCACACUCACACUCACACCCACACUCACACCCACACUCACACCCACACCCACACUCACACCCACACCCACACUCACACCCACACCCACACGCCCACUCACUCUCACAAUACCCAAGACUCAUGUUAUGAGUGAUCAAGACAUGCGCAUUCGACCAGCCGGCCGGCCAGCUGUAUCAAGAUGAUCGCACACUCAAGCGACAGGUGUCCGCUUAGCCUGCGUCUGGUGGACAUCGAUGCCAGGAACUGUGGAGCGCGAGACCUGGAGCAGUCGCUGACCCGCGAUCAGAUUCCCUUCACCACGGCUCAUAGCCGAGGUAUUUGGGAAUGGCUAGACCCCCAACAUCUUCGUGCUUCACUCACCCCAACCUCUGCAGGUGGGGAUGUAGAUCACACAACUUCUGCCACACUGGCCGGCAAGAGCUCCAACACCAGCUCCAGCUCUCUUUUGCUGCAGUCUUCAGCUAGCGUCGCAACAAAGACGUCCACAACAGCUCAUCCUUCCCCUUUACCCUCUCUGCCUACCUCGUCUUCAUCCUCCACCUCCAUCUCCGGUUCUGUCUCUGCCUCUGCCGACGGCGGCGCAUCUGCUGGGCGGAAAAGACAGAGGGCUGAAGGCAGUGAUGCUCAUCUGCUGGAUGCGCAGUCUACCCCUCACAAGACGAGGUCAUCUCCGGCAUCGAUGAGCAGCCAGUCUAAUACGUAUGUCGACAACAUCGGCACGCAACUCUUGGGCGACGUUCAAGGCAAACAUUGCCCGCAAUACCUCGUCGUCGAGCUUGCAGAGGGCGGGCAGGCUUUGCUCGACGCUUGGCUGCAAGAUGAUGGACUGAAAGGAAAGCUCAAAAGUUUGAGAUGCUGUUUGGUGGAGCGCAAGCGCAAGGGCAAUGAGAACGAUCUGCACCGUCUCAUCACCGACUUCGUCAAUCAGCUCGCAGACGUUUGCGCUCGACCGCUCGAUGCGGACGCCGAGGCCAAGGCCGAAAGCGCCGGCUGGCCAUCAGCUGCUCGAAUGCUACUCUGCCAGCGUCGCGCAGUAGCGCAAGGAGACGACGGCGUGACCCUUUGCGAGCGUAGUUUGACAUCUGAUGAUGAGCGAGCGGAGAAUUUGUUGCGACCCGACAUCACCUUUGGCGAUGCGGAUGUGUCUGCGAUUCCCAAACCUCGUAGACGGUGGAGCGACAUCACCGCAGUCAUAGAGGUCAAGUUGCAGCGCAAUAAAGAUGGCCGAGCCCACAUUAUGCAGCAAAUUCUUUGCUAUUCGCGCAACCUCCUUUGCGACCAUCCAGUGGCCCGGUGGGUUCAUGGGGUGACGUGGUGUGGCGAUCUAGUGAGGCUUUGGCAGGUUGAGGCGAAUGGGUACGCCGUCAGCCGCGCCUACUCAAUCCACAGCGAGGCAGACGUUGCAGAGAUCGCAAAGAUCAUGCUACUGUGCAUGCAUCCCCAUGUCCUGCCAUCCUGGGAUCCAAGGCGAACAGGCAGCAUUCAGCGCAGUCCAUCUGGAUGCAUUGGUCUACACCAAGACGAGGCAAAAAGGGUAAAAGUCUUCAUCAGACCGGCGCUCGUAGGUUCGCGCACCGUCUUGUUCUGCUUCGACCGCUCUGCUGUGGACGUCAAGAAGUCGAGCCUGGUCGACAACGAGCGCCAAGCGCUCUCUGCAAGCGGGAGCACUCUCUUUGUCAAGGCGACUUGGCGCACUGCUCGCCUAUAUAGUCGCGAGACGAACAUUCUGCAACGCAUUCAGGCAGGGAAGCGCUUGCUGCGAGAGAACCAAAAUGGGAUGUGGAAGGAUAUAGUUGCCCCGCUCCCGUUUGGGAUGGUGCAAGAGGCCGGAUGGGAGACGCAGAUUCGCCGCGGCACGACUCUGAGAUUGGACAUUUCAGCCUUCUGCCAACCAUUUGGCCAGUCCAUCUCUCCUCUGACCGCAGAGGUCGAUUUAGCGCAAGUAUUUGGCCAAUUUUGCAGGCAACUUGCAGCGUAUGCAGAAAUCGGUGUGCAUUACCGCGACCUCAACGCCGGUAAUGUGCUCAUGCUCCCUCGCACACAGCAAAGCUGCGCCCGCCUGGUGCUCGCGGACCAUGGCAAUGCUCGAUUUGGGGUCAGUCUUCUAGCACUUGCCCCGAGUCACUCGGAGGAUGAAGAGGGCUGGCUACAGAUCGCCGACGACGACGCUCGCUCAGCAAACAGCCGCUUUCUCCCUGUCUCGGCGCACGAUGGCGCGCGAUACGUCUCAGAGCAUAAGGACAUGGUCGCCGAGUAUUCUGCGAGCGAAAAGUCUUUGAUGGGCGCCUCGACUGACGAAGAGAGAGCUGACUUGGAGGCCGAUCUUGAGGCAAUUGGCAAGAAAGUUGCGCGUCUUCGCAAGAGCGCAUAUCUCUGUCUUCACAGGUACACUGAUGACUUGGAGUCUCUGCUGUAUCUUCACUUGAACACGUUAUCCUCAAAAUGCCCAAAACCGCGACUCAACCUAGCGAAGUCAGAGUUGCCGACGCUCGCGGAGCGGAUCCACAAGCAUUUAGACAAGGCGACGAAAAAGACACACUGGGAUCUCUCUUGGCGAAGUCUCACCAGGGACUUGCAUUCGGCGUCAAUCACAACAGCGGCAUGGGCUGAUACUAUUUACAGGGUGCAUGGCGCUAUAAGGCGAGGCCAACGUGCCAUGCAGACAAUCUUGUCGGAUCACUUCGACAAGGAGAUUGCUCUGGUGCCGCACGGCUCCAAGCAGCCCAGGGGAGUCUCGCAGCUGCCGGUCCAGGAUGUCGAGCGCGAAUGUUUUCGAGAAGUCGCUCAGCUUUUCGAAAUGUUUUUGGAGGACCAUCACGGGAAA